AGUUUGUUAUAAAUAGUUUGGUAGCAUUUGGGUGAGCUCGCGUAGGGUACAGACACCAGUCGGUAAUGCAGAGCUCUAGAAUUCACUCUCAUUACAGUCAGUAGUCAGUGUGAUUGUGUUUGUUUGGAGAAAUGGCGGCUGUAAUCUGACACAGAAAUGACGACUUUUUGAUCACACCUCAAUUAAAAUCAUGGAGAACGCAAUAAAUUUGAGCUCCCAAACAACGGAAUCGGACAUGGAAUGUUCAGAUAAUGACAAUGAUUGUUUUGAUGAUGAUGAUUAUUACAACAUUGUUGAUGACAAUGAAAUCGAACAAAUUGAUCCAAGCAAAACCGACCCGGAGAAUUUUAAGUACGACUGUCUAGGCGAGGAACAAGUGGAGCGGCUACUUAACGAAACUGUUGAAUGUCUCAGCUACAACCUCAAAAUCACACCUUCCCUAGCCAAAGUUUUGUUGCUCAGCCAUCAAUGGCGCGUCAACAAAAUCAUCGAAAAGUUCCGGAAAGACGCCUCAGAAUUGUUAAUCAGCUCGAGAAUCAAACCACCGGUCACACCCCCGAGUUUAACCCUUUCCAGGUACAUCACGUGUCCGGUGUGUGUUGUAGUCCAACCAGCGGAGAAGUUCUUCGGCUUGUCUUGCUCACACAUGUUUUGCAAGGAUUGUUGGGUGACACAUUUUGAAGUACAAAUAAAUCAGGGAGUAUCAACGGCUAUAAGUUGUAUGGCCCGUGAUUGUGUAGUGUUGGCACCUGAAGACUUCGUUUUGAAACACUUGUCUCGUCCAAACAUGCGUGAAAAGUAUCAGCAAUUUACGUUCCAAGAUUACGUCAAGUCGCACCCUGAGUUACGCUUCUGUCCCGGCCCCAACUGCCCCAUUGUUGUACAUAGCACCGAAAUUAAGGCCAAAAGAGCGAUUUGUUCCAACUGCAAAACCGCCUUUUGCUUCCAGUGUGGAAUGGAUUAUCACGCACCUACAGAGUGUUCAAUUAUCAAGAAAUGGCUUACAAAGUGUGCCGACGACAGUGAAACAGCUAACUACAUAAGUGCACAUACCAAAGACUGUCCAAAGUGCCACAUUUGUAUCGAGAAAAACGGCGGAUGCAAUCACAUGCAAUGUUAUAAUUGCAAGCACGAUUUCUGCUGGAUGUGUUUAGGCGACUGGAAAUCGCACGGCUCGGAGUACUACGAGUGCUCGCGCUACCGGGAGAACCCCAAUAUUGCUCACGAAUCGGUCCAUGCUCAGGCUCGCGAGGCGCUGAAGAAGUACCUCCACUACUACGAGCGGUGGGAGAACCACUCCAAGUCGCUGAAGUUGGAGGAGCAGACUUUGGAGAAUCUGAGGGCGAGGAUCAAUCAGAAAGUGAUGGCGGGUGUGGGUACUUGGAUUGAUUGGCAAUAUCUCUUCACGGCGGCAAGCCUCCUUGCAAAAUGCCGUUACACGUUGCAAUAUACAUAUCCAUAUGCUUAUUAUAUGGAUGUAGGCCCUCGUAAGGAACUAUUCGAGUAUCAGCAAGCGCAAUUAGAAGCUGAAAUCGAAAACUUAUCGUGGAAAAUCGAACGUGCGGAAACCACCGAUCGGGGAGACCUCGAAAACCAGAUGGACAUUGCUGAGAAACGAAGAACGACACUUCUGAAGGACUUUUUAGAUGUUUGAUACAGUUUUUUGCCAAUUUACGCUUUGGAUAAAUGCGAUUUCUCGAUUAGUCAAGGCGGGUUUAUUUUCUUAUCACCAGAGGCAAUUGUUUUAUACGUCCUUUAGCUACUUAUUUUUAUUUAAACUUGUUGGUGCAAACGCACAUAUUUUCCGACGUGAAAAGUCAUUCAAACUACGUAUUUUUAUAAUACAUUCAUCUCGGAAAUAAAAGAUUGUCGCGUUGAAAUUGAAAUAUUCUGCAACGAUAUUAUUUUUGGCGUUUCUCUUGUAUAAUAAAAUUCCUCUAAUUAUAUUUUAUUUGUUCGCAAAUAAACACUCUCAAUCGAAACACA